UGUAGGAUACGAUCGGGUGCAUAUAUAACUAUAUAGCGCAGUUGAUGAAGAAACCAUGAACAAAAAUCCAAAGAUGUCAGAUUUCCUCCCGGAAGAAAUCCUAGAGAAAAUCCUGUACCUCCUCCCCGUCAAAACCCUAAUCCAAUUCACCACCGUCUCCAAGUCAUGGCUCUCCCUCGUCAAAUCCUCGGCCUUCAUCCAAUCCCAUCUCGCCACCACAAUCGACUCCAACCACCUCCUCCUCCUCCUCAGCGCUUUCUCCUCCAAAACAGACCACCACUGGCUCCACCUCGACACCCCUGACUUCCCUGAGCACUCUACUCUCCCCCACCCCUGCCCUCUCCUCACCCCCGAAAACCGACAGACCGAUCUCCGCGUCUUCGGCGCCUCCAACGGCCUCGUCGCCCUCGAGACCAACGUCUCCGGCAUCGGAACGGAGACGACUCCGGAGCUCAUAUGGAACCCUUCUGUUAGAAAGAUCGUCACGCUGCCUCCGCCGCCUCCUUGUCUCGACUCGCCCGAAUAUCGCGGCCUCACGCAGUACACGUCUCACGGGUUCGGAUACGACGCGGAGUCUGAUGACUACAAGGUGUUGAGGAUCGUGAGUGUCUCCAAUGGCAAUUCUGAUCUCUCGCGUUUUACCACUGUGGUUCAGGUGUACUCGUUGGCCGAGGGAGCGUGGAGGACGGUUGACGGGUCGGUUGUUCCGGUGGAUGUCCAGGCAGGUGGGCCGGAGCGGCCGGAUUUUGUUAACGGAUGUUUGCACAUGCUUGAUGUGCGUUUGGAGGUGUAUUAUGAUGAGGAAGAGGAGGAGAAUGUUAAGGGUGGCGGGGACGUGUUCAUUUCGCGUUUCAAGUUGGCUACUGAGGAGUUUGGUGAGAUGGUGAUACCCGAAGCUUUGAGGAGAGAUAAGUGUUCGAUUUCGAGAUAUGGGGAGACGCUGGCGUUGAUUAAGGAGAAGUUUGAUGAUGAGGAGGAGGAGGUUAAUUGUGGGUGUGACGUUUGGGUUAUGAAAGAGUAUGGUGUAGCAGAGUCGUGGAGUUUUAUGUACAGCAUAAAAGGGGUUCAAGUUACUGUGUUUGGGUUUAGAAGGUGUGGGGAAGUUGUGCUAGCGGAGAUGGAGGUGGAUAGUAGUGAUGAACAGACGAGAAUGGUUUCGUGGGAUCCUAAAAGCGGACGGGCUAAAGUGUUUGGAAGUGAGCGUUUUAGUUACUAUUUCAUGGAUUCUUUUGUAGAGAGUCUGGUCUUGCUUGAUCACCCCAAAGCUACGGCUUACAAGAUAUACCCUUAGUAUUUGCGAAUUUCGAAGGUAUCUAAACAAAUGUGUUCAUAAUGAUCUAGUGCUUGGGUAAAAGAUAUUGUGAGCAUGACUCAUCUCACAUAAUUGGUACCUAUCAGCCAGGUGAUAAAUUGGAGUAAUUUGUCGCUACAAUAGGAUUGAACCAACUGUUUCCACCACAACAGUUGCCCCUUCGGAAUAUGCAGCUCGUCCAUUGGAUGCCAAUUUUCACUGAGAAAUGGUUCAGGACAGAACUAGUGCAAGAGGUGCAAUAGAGAAGCCGACCCUUAGUAAUUGCCAUUCCGAAGCUUCAAUGCACAAUAACUUGAGGCCUUUCAUUUAUGCUAAGUAUUACCUGACAUCCUCCCAACAACAUCCCAUGGUUGAUCCUUAUUCAAAAAGCCAACAUCUUGCCUCAGUAUGGUUCUCAGGUAUAGACUUCCUAUUCAUGUGGCCUGUCUCUCUUAUGAUCAUCUAGCAAGGCAAGUAGUACUUCAGCAGAUAACAUAUUGUAUAAAUGAAGCAGCAGCUGCCCCCAGCGCCAAGUAAACGAAUUUCAGAGCCACUUGUGGAGAAUAACUUAUAUCAGACUAGGUAGCAACAAUUACAGGAGAACUAUGUAUAUACAGGCAAUUUGCAGUGAGUUUGCUUGAACAUUUUGGGAAUGAAUUAGUUGAGAAUUGGCCUGAAUACUAUUAUAAUUCCGACCUGCAGUUUUGUUUUCUUCUAGUUAUCAUCCUUGGCAUUAGCUUCUCUGAGAACUUUGAC